GUGUUUCAUAGAAGAGAGGUCCAAGUCAAGGCAGAUGAAACAACGGGGCUCUCAACGACGCUCAUCGCUCUUAUAAUCACAAUCUCUCUGGUGGCAAUUAUUUUCAUCAUCGUCGUGAUCGUCCUGGUAAUCUUCGUUAAGAGAAAAUCAACCAGUCGCCAAACAGUCGUGACUGACCCUGAGGUUCGUGAAUGCGAGCCUUUACUUCCAAGAGCUCCUGUACCUCCCACCAGCAAGGACAAAACAAUGGAUGAAUACCCAGGAGUCAUGGAGAGAGGUAGGUUGGAGAGGGAGAUCCAAAAGACAGAAGCGUUGUUUGAAGAGACUGCUAUCUACCAAACAGUGAGGACACAUUUAGAGAAUUCUAGGCAUGUGACAAUAACUGGUGCGUCAGGGGAUGGAAAGACGUCAAUGGCCCUGAUGUUGGGGUCAGAAUACCUGAAGAAAGGGUAUGAACUAUAUCUUGUAAACAACAUUUCAGAAUUCAAAUUAAGUUGUGUAAGGCAAGACAAAGAUCAAUGUUUCAUAUUUGAUGACAUAUUUGGAACGGUUGGAAUGUCAACAGAUUCACCUCACCUCAGACAGAUUUUAUAUAGCCUCAACUCUUACCUCGAGCGCAUGGAAUCUAAUGUUUCUGAAACGUUACAACCAAACCCAAAUUAUAAACAUCGUUUAGUUCAUCCCAACACAAUUGUGGGAAACAUUGUUAUUAUAUUCACCACAAAGUUGUACAAUCUUGAGCAUGGAAAAUUACACUGUGGAGAACAUGAUUAUGUGUUUUUCAAAGGAGAUUCAGUUAUUGACCUUACAAAGGCUGACUGUCGCUACACAAGGGACGAAAAGAAAAAAAUGUUUCUAAAACAUAAACACUAUAACAAUAACAGAACUAAUUUUGAUUUAGACACAAUAUGUGACAUUAAGGAUCAACUGUUUGGCUUCCCGCUCAAAUGCAAACUGUUCUUCAGUUUUCCCCAAUUGCAUGAUCAAUAUGAAGACUUUUUUAAGACGCCUUUAACCUUUCUCAGGAGAGAACUUGAAUCUUUGCUCAACGAUAACAAUAACAGGUCAGCUGCUCUGAUCCUGAUGAUGCUUUGUGAAGGUAGCCUGAACUUGUGUGAGUUGCAAAUUAAAUCAAAUAAUCAAGUUCUGGAGAAUCAUCUGUCCACAGUUUCAAGUGUUGUAAAUGGUUUUAACCGGCUAGAAAUUGCCACUUGUGUGAAAUAUUUAUCCGGUACAUAUUUUACCAGAGGAGACAUUACCAGUUUUUCACACCCAUCCAUCUAUGAUGCCUGUGCCUUUGUCUAUUAUGGAAUCAAUCCUGCUUUUAUGUUGAAGUACUGCAGUAUAAGAUUCCUGUAUGGACGUGUUCAGGCCAAAACGGUACCUGCAUGCGAGACUGAUGAGGACAGGCAUGUCAUCUAUGUAUCGGAUGCCUACAAUGACAUCAUUGCUUCAAGACUGGCUGGGGCUGUGAGGGAGGGGAACUAUCGGAUGUCCAUCAUGCAUCCUAUUUUGGAAAGACAUGCUAUAGUGGAUAAGGUGCUUGAUGAACUCAAACCCUUCCUGUCUCGUACAUCAGUGACAGUUGAACAUGGCAACAACAUGUUUCAUUAUGCCUGCUUCUCAGGAAACGUGUACCUUGUACGCAAACUAAUUCCAUUCUGUGAAAUCAACAGUAAAGGAAUGUGUGGUUUGACGCCAGUAAUGAUAGCUGUGAUGCUGGGGCUGCAGGGUGUGUUUCACCUUCUUGUGUCAGAAGGGGGUGACAUCACACUGACAAAUAAAGACAAUGACAGCUGUCUUCAUUUGGCAUGCAUGAGAGGGCAAAAGCCAUUGAUAGAAUAUCUACUGCCAAAGACUGACAUAAACAUGAGAGGAAAUAUGGGACGGACACCAGUAAUGAAUGCAGCUUGGAGUGGAAAGAAAGAUGUGUUUGACAUCCUUGUGUCAAAUGGAGCUGACAUCACACUGACAGAUAACGACAAUAACAACAUUCUUCAUCUGGCAUGCGAAGGUGGAAAUAAGCCAUUGAUAGAAUAUCUACUGCCAAAGACUGACAUAAACAGAAGAGGAUAUAUGGGACGGACACCAGUAAUGAAUGCAGCCUGGAAAGGAAAGAAAGAUGUGUUUGACUUCCUUGUGUCAAUGGGAGCUGAUAUCACACUGACUGAUAACGACAAUAACAACAUUCUUCAUCUGACAUGUUGGGGAGGAAAUAAGCCCUUAGCAGAAUACCUACUGCCAAAGACUGAUAUUAACACAAGAGGAAAUAAUGGAUGGACACCAGUCAUGACUGCAGCUUGGAGUGGAAAGAAAGAUGUGUUUGACUUCCUUGUGUCAAAGGGAGCUGACAUCACCCUGACUGAUUACGACAAUGACAACAUUCUUCAUCUAGCAUGCGAAGGUGGAAAUAAGGCCUUAGUAGAAUACCUACUGCCAAAGACUGAUAUAAACAGUAGAGGAAAUAUGGGAUUGACACCAGUAAUGAAUGCAGCUUGGAAAGGAAGGAAAGAUGUGUUUGACUUCCUUGUGUCAAAGGGAGCUGACAUCACACUGACUGAUUACGACAAUGACAACAUUCUUCAUUUGGCAUGCGAAGGUGGAAAUAAGCCGUUAGUAGAAUAUCUGCUGCCAAAGACUGACAUAAACAUAAGAGGAAAUAUGGGACGGACACCAGUAAUGAAUGCAGCUUGGAGUGGAAAGAAAGAUGUGUUUGACUUCCUUGUGUCAAAUGGAGCUGACAUCACACUGACUGAUUACGACAAUGACAACAUUCUUAAUCUAGCAUGCGAAGGUGGAAAUAAGGCGUUAGUAGAAUACCUACUGCCAAAGACUGAUAUAAACAAAAGAGGAAAUAAAGGAUGGACACCAGUAAUGAAUGCAGCUUGGAAAGGAAGGAAUGAUGUGUUUGACUUCCUUGUUUCAAAGGGAGCUGACAUCAAACUGACUGAUGACGACAAUGACAACAUUCUUAAUCUGGCAUGCGAAGGUGGAAAUAUGACGUUAGUAGAAUAUCUACUGCCAAAGACUGAUAUAAACAUAAGAGGAAAUAAUGGACGGACACCAGUAAUGACUGCAGCUUGGAGUGGAAAGAAAGAUGUGUUUGACUUCCUUGUGUCAAAGGGAGCUGACAUUACACUUACUGAUGACAACAAUGACAACAUUCUUCAUCUAGCAUGUUGGGGAGGAAAUAAGCCCUUAGUACAAUAUCUACUGCCAAAGACUGACAUAAACAUAAGAGGAAAUAUGGGACGGACACCAGUAAUGAAUGCAGCUUGGAGUGGAAAGAAAGAUGUGUUUGACUUCCUUGUGUCAAAGGGAACUGACAUCACACUAACUGACUACGACAAUGACAACAUUCUUCAUCUGGCUUGUCGGGAAGGAAAUAAGCCGAUAGUAGAAUAUCUACUGCCAAGGACUGAUAUAAACAAAAGAGGAAAUAUGGGACUGACACCAGUAAUGAAUGCAGCUUGGAGUGGAAAGAAAGAUGUGUUGGACUUCCUUGUGUCAAAGGGAGCUGACAUCACGCUGACUGAUUACGACAAUGACAACAUUUUUCAUCUGGCAUGCGAAGGUGGAAAUAAGCCGAUAGUAGAAUAUCUACUGCCAAAGACUGAUAUAAACACAAGAGGAAAUAAAGGAUUGACACCAGUCAUGACUGCAGCUUGGAGUGGAAAGAAAGAUGUGUUGGACUUCCUUGUGUCAAAGGGAGCUGACAUCACGCUGACUGAUUACGACAAUGACAACAUUCUUCAUCUGGCAUGCGAAGGUGGAAAUAAGCCGAUAGUAGAAUAUCUACUGCCAAAGACUGAUAUAAACACAAGAGGAAAUAAUGGACGGACACCAGUCAUGACCUCAGCUUGGAGUGGAAAGAAAGAUGUGUUUGACUUCCUUGUGUCAAAGGGAGCUGACAUCACGCUGACUGAUUACGACAAUGACAACAUUCUUCAUCUGGCAUGCGAAGGUGGAAAUAAGCCCUUAGUAGAAUAUCUACUGCCAAAGACUGACAUAAACAAAAGAGGAAAUAUGGGACGGACACCAGUAAUGAAUGCAGCCUGGAGAGGAAAGAAUGAUGUGUUUGACUUCCUUGUGUCAAAGGGAGCUGACAUGACACUAACCGAUGACUGCAAUGACAGCAUUCUUCUUCUAGCAUGCGAAGGUGGAAAUAAGCCCUUAGUAGAAUAUCUACUGCCAAAGACUGACAUAAACAAAAGAGGAAAUAUGGGACGGACACCAGUAAUGAAUGCAGCCUGGAGAGGAAAGAAAGAUGUGUUUGACUUCCUUGUGUCAAAGGGAGCUGACAUGACACUAACCGAUGACUGCAAUGACAGCAUUCUUCAUCUAGCAUGCGAAAGUGGAAAUAAGCCCUUAGUAGAAUAUCUACUGCCAAAGACUGACAAAAACAAAAGAGGAAAUAUGGGACGGACACCAGUAAUGAAUGCAGCCUGGAGAGGAAAGAAAGAUGUGUUUGACUUCCUUGUGUCAAAGGAAGCUGACAUGACACUAACCGAUGACUUCAAUGACAGCAUUCUUCAUCUAUCAUGCGAAGGUGGAAAUAAGCCCUUAGUAGAAUAUCUACUGCCAAAGACUGACAUAAACAAAAGAGGAAAUAUGGGACGAACACCAGUAAUGAAUGCAGCUUGGAAAGGAAAGAAAGCUGUGUUUGACUUCCUUGUGUCAAAGGGAGCUGUCAUCACAGUGACUGAUGAUGAAAAUAACAACAUUCUUCAUCUAGCAUGUCGAGCAGGAAAUAAGCCCUUAGUAGAAUAUCUACUGCCAAAGACUGACAUAAACAUAAGAGGAAAUAUGGGACGGACACCAGUAAUGAAUUCAGCUAGGAAAGGAAAGAAAGAUGUUUUUGAAUUCCUUGUGUCAAAGGGAGCUGACAUCACACUGAAUGAUGACGACAAUGACAACAUUCUUCAUCUGGCAUGUCGGGGAGGAAAUAAGCCCUUAGUAGAAUAUCUACUGCCAAAGACUGACAUAAACAAAAGAGGAAAUAAUGGACGGACACCAGUAAUGAAUGCAGCAUGGAGAGGAAAGAAAGGUGUUUUUGACUUCCUUGUGUCAAAGGGAGCUGACAUCACAAUGACUGAUGACGACAAUGACAACAUUCUUCAUCUGGCAUGUCGGGGAGGAAAAAAGCCCUUAGUAGAAUAUCUACUGCCAAAGACUGACAUAAACAAAAGAGGAAAUAUGGGACGGACCCCAGUAAUGAAUGCAGCCUGGAGAGGAAAGAAAGAUGUGUUUGACUUCCUUGUGUCAAAGGGAGCUGACAUGACACUAACCGAUGACUGCAAUGACAGCAUUCUUCAUCUAGCAUGCGAAGGUGGAAAUAAGCCCUUAGUAGAAUAUCUACUGCCAAAGACUGACAUAAACAUAAGAGGAAAUAUGGGACGGACACCAGUAAUGACUGCAGCAUGGAGAGGAAAGAAAGGUGUUUUUGACUUCCUUGUGUCAAAGGGAGCUGACAUCACACUGACUGAUGACGACAAUGACAACAUUCUUCAUCUGGCAUGUCGGGGAGGAAAAAAGCCCUUAGUAGAAUAUCUACUGCCAAAGACUGACAUAAACAAAAGAGGAAAUAUGGGACGGACCCCAGUAAUGAAUGCAGCCUGGAGAGGAAAGAAAGAUGUGUUUGACUUCCUUGUGUCAAAGGGAGCUGACAUGACACUAACCGAUGACUGCAAUGACAGCAUUCUUCAUCUAGCAUGCGAAGGUGGAAAUAAGCCCUUAGUAGAAUAUCUACUGCCAAAGACUGACAUAAACAAAAGAGGAAAUAUGGGAUGGACACCAGUAAUGAAUGCAGCUUGGAGAGGAAAGAAAGAUGUGUUUGACUUCCUUGUGUCAAAGGGAGCUGACAUGACACUAACCGAUGACUGCAAUGACAGCAUUCUUCAUCUAGCAUGCGAAGGUGGAAAUAAGCCCUUAGUAGAAUAUCUACUGCCAAAGACUGACAUAAACAAAAGAGGAAAUAUGGGACGGACACCAGUAAUGAAUGCAGCUUGGAAAGGAAAGAAAGAUGUGUUUGACUUCCUUGUGUCAAAGGGAGCUGACAUCACACUGACUGAUGAUGAAAAUAACAACAUUCUUCAUCUAGCAUGUCGAGCAGGAAAUAAGCCCUUAGUAGAAUAUCUACUGCCAAAGACUGACAUAAACAAAAGAGGAAAUAUGGGACGAACACCAGUAAUGAAUGCAGUCAGGAAAGGAAAGAAAGAUGUGUUUGACUUCCUUGUGUCAUUGGGAGCUGACAUCACACUGACUGAUGACGACAAUGACAACAUUCUUCAUCUAGCAUGUCGGGGAGGAAAUAAGGCGUUAGUAGAAUAUCUACUGCCAAAGACUGACAUAAACAAAAGAGGAAAUAUGGGACGGACACCAGUAAUGAAUGCAGCUUGGAAAGGAAAGAAAGAUGUGUUUGACUUCCUUGUGUCAAAGGGAGCUGACAUCACAGUGACUGAUGAUGAAAAUAACAACAUUCUUCAUCUAGCAUGUCGAGCAGGAAAUAAGCCCUUAGUAGUAUAUCUACUGCCAAAGACUGACAUAAACAAAAGAGGAAAUAUGGGACGGACACCAGUAAUGACUGCAGCAUGGAGAGGAAAGAAAGGUGUUUUUGACUUCCUUGUGUCAAAGGGAGCUGACAUCACACUGACUGAUGACGACAAUGACAACAUUCUUCAUCUGGCAUGUCGGGGAGGAAAAAAGCCCUUAGUAGAAUAUCUACUGCCAAAGACUGACAUAAACAUAAGAGGAAAUGUGGGAUUGACACCACUAAUGACUGCAACUGUGAAUGGAAAGAAAGAUGUGUUUGACUUCCUUGUGUCAAAGGGAGCUGACAUCACACUGACUGAUGACGACAAAAACAACAUUCUUCAUCUGGCCUGCGAAGGCGGAAAUAAGCCGUUAGUAGAGUAUCUACUGCCAAAGAUGGACAUCAACUGUCAUGGGAAGAGAGGGUGGACACCAGUAAUGAAAGGAGCUUACAGUGGGAAAAAGGAUACAUUUGAACUGCUUCUCUCCAAGAGAGCUAACCCAUCACUCACUGGUGAUGACAAUGAUACUUUACUCCAUGCAGCCAGUAGAGGUGGAAACAUUGACAUUGUCAGACAUGUUAUUGGUGACUUUGACAUCAACACACGUGGUUGGAAGGGUCACACGCCACUCAUGCUAGCUGUGGCUGGAGGUCACACUGAUGUAGUUGACUUCCUGGUGGACCAUGGUGCUGACGUCAACGUGGUGGACAAUGAUGGAGAUGGUAUCCUCCAUUUGGCUUGUGAGAAAGGCAACUUGAAGAUGGUGAAGCAUGUCAUAUCAUAUUCUGAUAUUAACCUGAGAGAUAACUUUGGUUGGACACCGUUGUCAAUGGCAGCUGUGGAAGGUAAAUUUGCUGUUUUUAAAUAUCUUAAAGGCCUAGGAGCAGAUCUGACACUGAAAGACAGGGCAGGAGAUGAUGUGUAUAUUCAGGCCCUCCAGGGAGGAUGCAGGGGAAUCAUCAAGGAGUUAGGACUAGAGGAACAUUCAGGCAAGAGCAUCACACCAUGGAAUCGACUGAUGAAGACACUUGUGAAAUCAAAAAUGGUCUACCUGAAGACAUAUUCACAACAAAGUCCUGACCUUGUUCAGACAGACCGAUUUGGAAAUAGUUUACUACAUCUGGCCUGUCGAGGAGGCAACAAACAGUGUGUGGAGUAUCUGCUCCCAUCCUAUGACAUCGAUGUCCGAGGUCGCUAUGACUGGACACCGGUGAUGAUGGCGGCUGUGUGUGGACACGAGGAUGUCUUCCAGGUACUGGUGUCUCACAAGGCAGAUCUGUCUCUAGUCUCAAAUACAGGAGAAAACAUCACCACCCUGGCUCGCCAUGGCAACAACGACGGCAUUGUCAAGUAUUUAUUGGAGAAGUCUUGAAAUACACAUGAUGAAGCCUAUUUUCAACUAGUUUUGCCCUCGCCAGUCAUUCCUAGACAAUAACAUUUGAUUUGUUCACUUUUUCUAAUAAUAUUAUCAACAACAAUAUUAGACCUAUUAUGUUAUGAACGUUGUUCCGAGUGAAUCAACAGUUUCACUGAGUUAUUUCCCCCUAACAGUCAUUCAUGGACAAUACCUAGCUGUAAGUAAGAGCUGUCACCUACAUGUAUGUGUACUAACGGGGGAAAGUAACUGUGCUUCAUAUAAAGUGGUGUACAUGUUAUGCUAUUGAAAAUAACAACACACCAUUACGUCCUUCACAUGAUCGAUGUUUUAUCAUAACAAAUUAAUUUACAAAGCCCAUACCUGGUAACACGAGACAGAGCGACACGCCCUCAACAGAAUCCCCAUAAAUAUCAUUUGCGUUGAUGCAGAGGAGUCAGCAGCGGCGCGUUAAAGACACCCGGUGAUUUAAAACAACCUGGGGAAUGCUGUCCUAAAUGUCAACCAAAGAUUGGCCCAACUAAGCUGGGCCCAAUGUUGCAGUGGUCUGCAGAAACAGACAGCCAUGGCAGUGUCAAUGUUAUACCGUCUCAGAAAGUAUGUUACAACAAGUGCAAUGUGUGGACAACACUAUCCUGCUGCAACGUGACGUUACGUCCCUGUAUUUGCACAAAGAGUAGAACAUAAUGAUGUCGUCCCGGUAGCGUACGCCGUUCCAAUUGGCAGUAACACUGAUGAGUUGCCUGAGUUGUGAGGCAUCGACAUCCCAUUACACUUCCACUCCUAAACUAAUGAUAUUGAGCAUUGCAGGCGUCGCUAACACGUUCACCUGGACGCAUGUAGAGCCGUGUACGACCGUCAAAGCUGUCAAUAUGAAACCUGGACUCUGUGAACAGUAUACUGUUCCAGUCUUUUCUUCUAAAUCUCAGAGGCUGUCUACACCAAGCUAGAAAGUAAAUUUGGGCCUAUCGAUGGGACGUCGGGAGCGGAAAUUGUGCUCCCUCAGUCGGUUGCGAACGGUUUGAGCUGUUUAUCUGGCAGUUUGGUAUCGAUUACGUAGAUGCACCAACCGAAUACGGUUGUCUUGCUGACUUGGCCGACCUUCAUUUGCGGAUAACAAAUGUAUGGCAUGGGCACCUAAUAGCAUUGUGUGCUGUUCAUAUUUGAAAAACAACAACAGUGAAGCCCAUUUCUGAUGUCCCCCGCCGUGAUAUUGCUGGAAUAUUGCUAUAAGUGGUGUAAAACCAUACUCACUCACUCACUGAAAAAAAACUACCUUGUGUAUCACUCCCCGGCCAAACAAACACGAAUUCAUUCAAAGUGUGUGCAGGUGUAAACUGUGAAUCACGCCCUUAAAGACUUCAUGAAUAUGCAUUAUUGAAUUUUCAGAAUAAAUAUACUAUUUAUUGAUCUUUAUAUGAAGCACAGUCACUUCUUUUCCUUUGGUAUAUUUAUUUUGCCAUAGUAAUUGCUUUGUUCACUUUGUCGAAAGUAUUUCAAAGACAAUAUCAGCAUAGAGUAGCUGCAAUGAAAUUAUAUUUAUAAGUUAAUAGCAGGUUCUGCUGUGUACAUAACUGUUUGAGACAGGUAAUAAUAUGGAAGGUCGUCCUACAUUUAGUUGCCAAGACAAGUGACAAGUGAUGCAUCGCAGAAACAAGUGUAUCAUGCUGUUGUCGGGUAAAAAGUGUACACCGCAUGUGCUAGAAACAAUACAGAACGAACACCUAACACUGGAUACCAUCGUAGCUUCUAACAAGGCCCACUCUUGGGACAAUCGGAAGUUUAAUGCUUCUGGAUGUACUAGUUGUGUUAUUGUCAUACCCUCUAUAGUUUUGAAGUAGUAGUAGAAUUGAAUUACGCUAGUGGCAGUGGAUUGUGCAUAUUGAACAUAGUUUGAACACUCUCUAGUUGUUUGUGUUAGUGUCCGAGGUCGGUGUGACUGGACACCGGUGAUGAUGGCGGCUCUGUGUGGCCAUGAUGAUGUCUUCCAGCUGUGUGUGGAGUAUCUGCUCCCAUCCUUUGAUACAACGUCCGAGGUCGGUGUGACUGGACACCGGUGAUGAUGGCGGCUGUGUGUGUCCAUGAUGAUAAGUGUUGAUAAAAUAACGGAACUAGAACCUGAUUUUCAAAAAAAAUAUUUGUUUUAUAUUGGGAUGCAUACCAAUAUGGAUUGUGCAUGGCUUCCUGUUAGAGAAGCAUUACAUAUGUAUAACAUGUUUGAAACAAAACAUGCGAAGAUUAUUCCCGUGUGACUUGUGACAAGGGCAGGACACCAGUGAUGAUAGCAGAUGAGUAGUGAUGUGCUAGGAUAAAUUAAUGUGUAAGUCUAAAUAUUGUAUAUACUAUGAAGCUUAAUCUGAAUUGCAAUGACACAUAAUAUAAAAAAAAACAUUGCACGUGGCACAUGUAUAACAGAAGCAGCUGUAUCACAAUGUGUGAAAUACAGCUUCCAUGGAAGAAUCCAUGUUCAAGGUACCAGGGCCACCACCAGACAGUUUACUCAUUCUUGAUGGUGAAUACCCAGCAUUAUGUACACCCUCGAAACAAACAGUAGUACCUGAUACAUUAUAGGGGCUUCCUUACAUGA